CGCCUCAACUCAACAACCCAUUCCCACCACCCACCUCUUAUUCAGUUAAUGGAACAAUAACAAACAGAGCAAAAAGAGCAGCAAAGCUUUAAAGGGCUUUGUAAAAAUUCAAUCUUUCUUGCAUUUCUCAUCCCCCUUUUCCAAACACUGAGAAGGGUAUCUUCCUUUUCUUUCAUUGCUGCUGAUCAGUAAUGGACCGUGCAAGAAAGCUUGCCAACAGGGCCAUUCUGAAACGGCUGGUUUCACAAGCAAAGCAGCGUAGAGGCAAUGGAGAAGCCAAUGAAUUGUUGUCAGCUCCUUCACCAUUUUAUAGGCCUUCAAGGUUUGUUUCCUCGCUGUCUCCUUGUUCGUUCCAAGGUCAAUAUCAAAGGACUAAUGUCAAUCCGAAAAAGAAUGCAUUUUUGCAUUCUGGGAUUGGCCAAGUUCGAUUUGUUUCUGUUGAGGCACUGAAACCAAGUGAUACAUUUCCACGCCGCCAUAACUCUGCAACCCCUGAAGAACAAAUCAAAAUGGUUGAGAAUUGUGGAUUCCCCAGUCUUGAUUCGCUUAUUGACGCCACUGUGCCUAAAUCUAUCAGGCUUGAUGGUAUGACGUUUAGUAAGUUUGAUGAGGGAUUAACUGAGGCUCAAAUGAUUGAUCACAUGCAAAAGUUAGCAUCUAAGAACAAAGUUUUUAAGUCAUAUAUUGGAAUGGGAUACUAUAAUACCUUUGUUCCGCCUGUUAUUUUGAGGAAUCUCCUGGAAAAUCCUGCUUGGUAUACUCAGUAUACUCCCUAUCAGGCUGAGAUUUCGCAGGGACGUCUUGAAUCCCUGCUGAAUUAUCAGACCAUGAUUGCGGAUCUUACUGGAUUGCCUAUGUCUAAUGCAUCUUUACUAGAUGAAGGAACUGCUGCAGCUGAGGCUAUGGCUAUGUGUAAUAACAUCCAGAAAGGAAAAAAGAAAACUUUUAUCAUUGCUACUAAUUGUCAUCCGCAGACUAUUGAUGUUUGUAAGACUAGGGCUGAAGGUUUUGAUCUCAAACUGGUUGUCUCCGAUAUUAAGGAUAUUGAUUACAAGUCUGGGGAUGUUUGUGGGGUUUUAAUACAGUAUCCUGGCACUGAGGGUGAGGUUGUGGAUUAUGAGGGGUUUGUUAAGAAUGCUCAUGCUAAUGGUGUGAAGGUUGUCAUGGCAUCCGAUCUUUUGGCUUUGACAGUGUUGAAGCCUCCUGGCGAAUUUGAUGCUGAUAUUGUUGUUGGCUCAGCUCAGAGGUUUGGUGUCCCAAUGGGAUAUGGUGGUCCUCAUGCAGCUUUCCUAGCUACGUCCCAAGAGUACAAGAGGAUGAUGCCUGGAAGAAUUAUUGGUGUCAGUGUGGAUUCUUCUGGAAAACCAGCACUAAGAAUGGCUAUGCAGACAAGAGAGCAACACAUCCGCAGGGACAAGGCUACCAGCAACAUUUGUACAGCUCAGGCAUUGCUUGCCAACAUGGCUGCUAUGUAUGCUGUCUAUCAUGGACCUGAAGGGCUAAAAACAAUUGCCCACAGGGUUCAUGGUCUUGCUGCGACAUUUGCUGCUGGACUGAAAAAACUUGGUACAGCAGAGGUGCAGGAUCUACCCUUCUUUGACACAGUGAAGGUAAAGGUUGCGGAUUCACGUGCAAUUGCUGAUCUGGCUUACAAGAAUGAGAUCAAUUUGAGGAUUGUGGACAAGAAUACUAUUACUGUUUCUUUUGAUGAAACAACAACUUUAGAAGAUGUGGACAAACUGUUUCAAGUCUUUUCAGGUGGCAAGCCUGUGGCAUUCACUGCUGCAACUCUUGCACCUGAGGUUCAGAAUAAAAUCCCUGCUGUGCUUUUAAGGGAGAGCCCAUUCUUGACUCAUCCUAUCUUCAACUCGUAUCACACAGAGCAUGAAUUGCUCAGAUACCUUCAUAGGCUACAAUCAAAGGAUCUUUCAUUGUGCCAUAGUAUGAUUCCUUUGGGAUCUUGUACAAUGAAACUGAACGCUACAACAGAAAUGAUGCCAGUGACUUGGCCUAGCUUUGCAAAUAUCCACCCUUUUGCCCCUACUGGACAGGCUGAGGGUUAUCAGGAAAUGUUCAAGGACUUGGGAGAACUUUUGUGCACAAUAACUGGCUUUGACUCUUUCUCAUUGCAACCUAAUGCUGGUGCUUCUGGCGAGUAUGCAGGGUUGAUGGUUAUUCGUGCAUAUCAUCAGUCAAGAGGAGACCAUCACCGAAAUGUAUGCAUCAUACCUGUAUCAGCCCAUGGAACCAACCCUGCAAGUGCUGCAAUGUGUGGCAUGAAAAUUGUUCCCGUUGGAACUGAUUCAAAGGGAAACAUUAACAUUGAAGAGUUACGCAAGGCUGCUGAAGCAAAUAAGGAGAACCUAGCUGCUCUUAUGGUUACAUACCCUUCAACACAUGGUGUUUACGAGGAAGGUAUUGAUGAGAUCUGUAAGAUUAUUCAUGACAACGGUGGUCAAGUUUACAUGGAUGGAGCCAACAUGAAUGCUCAGGUUGGUCUGACCAGUCCAGGUUUUAUUGGUGCUGAUGUGUGCCAUCUGAAUCUUCACAAAACCUUUUGCAUCCCACAUGGUGGAGGUGGUCCUGGCAUGGGUCCAAUUGGUGUGAAGAAACACCUGGCACCAUUUCUGCCAUCACAUCCUGUGGUACCUACUGGAGGUAUACCAGCCCCUGGAAAAAGCCAGCCCCUAGGUUCAAUUUCUGCUGCACCCUGGGGCUCUGCACUCAUUUUGCCAAUUUCAUACACAUAUAUUGCUAUGAUGGGUUCUAAAGGACUUACAGAAGCAUCAAAGAUAGCCAUCUUGAAUGCAAACUACAUGGCAAAGCGUCUUGAGAAUUACUACCCUGUUCUUUUCCGUGGUGUCAAUGGAACAGUUGCCCAUGAGUUCAUUAUUGAUUUGAGGGGCUUUAAGCACACUGCUGGAAUAGAGCCUGAAGAUGUUGCUAAACGUCUUAUGGACUAUGGGUUCCAUGGACCAACAAUGUCGUGGCCAGUUCCAGGCACUCUUAUGGUUGAACCAACUGAAAGCGAAAGCAAGGCAGAGUUAGACAGAUUUUGUGAUGCCCUUAUCUCAAUAAGAGAAGAAAUUGCCCAAAUUGAGAAAGGAAAAUUUGAUUUGCACAACAAUGUUCUCAAGUCUGCUCCCCAUCCACCCUCCCUACUCAUGGCUGAUGUAUGGACAAAACCUUACUCACGGGAAUAUGCUGCCUUCCCAGCUUCUUGGCUGAGGACUGCAAAAUUCUGGCCAACGACAGAACGUGUUGAUAAUGUCUAUGGUGAUCGCAACCUUGUGUGCACCCUUCUUCCAGCAGCACAAGUUGUUGAGGAAGAGAAGGCUGCUACUGCUUAAGCCUUACAAGUGCAGCAAAAAACACAAUGCUCCUCCACAAUCAUGAGAGCAAAUCUCCCUCAUCAUUUUGUAUAUAGACAUCCUUAUCCGUAUCCUUCUCUGUGGCUGCUGACUUUCAUCUUCUACCAUAUUGAUGUGCAGCUGCUGUGAUGACACAGUUGUUUCUAAUUUGAAGCAUUCAGAUGUAAUUACCAACUUUUCUGCUUCCUAUCUCUCUACAUGAUCUUAUUUAUUCAACAGCUACACUAAAAGGCUGCAUUCACAUUCAACCAACAGUGAAAUUUAAUGUCAUGCUCUUUUACAAUGAAGUAAAAAGAUGACAAUCCCCUAUUGGGAAAGGGAUCUAAA